AUGGAUGCUCAACAGGCUAGCGAGAUCAUUCCGGACCUUGAACCGCACGAACGCAAGAAUGAAUCUGAUGAACCCAGGUUCUUGAAGCCGCUUCCAUCUGGCGAUUAUCUGCCUAGUUUACUCACCAUUGCACACUCUAUCCCCAUGGCACGCAAAGCUCUACUGGCACCCCACAAAGCUUACUCCUCUUACGGCUUGGAUUCUGAGUGGUGGAAGGGUCACGGCAUCCGCUUGCCCAAGAUCGUCAGUACUGUCGAUGGCGCGCCUAUGGAGCCUGCUACCACCAAUCAGGAUGAGAUUCUUGCAGAGAUGCAGCGUUUGAUGGCUUUGCUAGACGAGAGCUCACGAUCUUACGGCAGCGUCGAAACACUCGUCCGCCUGGCCGAAGUCCAAGCUAACGGCGGAUGUAUCCUAGACAAAGUUGUUGGAGCCUGGGAAAAUGCUUCCGUGAAUGCCAUGGAUGAGACUCCAGACUCUGAUAGCUUUGUCUUCCAUUCACUGAUAGGCACAACGAACCCCGAAGGCAUGGCCACACCGGAUCUCUAUUCACUACCCUUGUUCAUUAACUCUGGUCCCGGAGGUUCAAGUCUAGAUCUGACCGCCAUCAUGGAUGACACUCUCUGGGACACCGAUGGCGAUGAAUCGACUGUUUACGAUAACUUCAUAGAGCACUGCGCACACGUCCUGCCGAUACGUCUGGCGCACAACGACAGUACGAAAGAAACACUCAACGUUGUGAUUCCCCCUGUGCUUUAUGUCGACAAGUACCUCAAAGAGAACGCCGAUCUUACAAGAGAUGUUCGCAAGCAGAUGAUUCAGGGCAAGAAGAAGAUUGAAAGCAUUGAAACUGCUCAGUUCAAGCUGAACAACUAUCAACACACCCAGAAAGGAAAUCUGGAUACUAGCAAGUUGAUGAAGCACGCCCAAGAUUACUUCUCAGGCGAGACCAGAAAAAACUUGCUUGAGGAGAGAGAAGGUGCUGGUGCUGGUGGGGACACUGACAUUCCCCUACCACAAGAAUACCACGGCAUAAUAGCCGAGAAGUUGAAUGCAGUCUACAAGGAGGUCGAGCUGAAGCUUCAAGGUAUGUGCAGAUUUCCUUAUGCGACUGACAACAAGUCUAACAGGCGAUANGCUCUCGAACAAGANAAGGAGAAGGUGCGCAAGGCACUGGCAGAGCUUUCGCAAGAGACUGGACUGCCAAAAGAGAGCCUCAAGCACAGAUACUCACUCAGAGGCGUCUCAACUAAGUCUCAUGUGACAUAUCUCCUCCGCCCUCGCGAUCCCUCCGAUACGGCCAUGGUCGACGACGAAGACGCACCAGAAGGCAUGCAGUGGUGGCGCAUCGAGUACGAUGUGCAAGUCCAUGGUGCCAAGGUUAUCAAGACCAAAUCAACACAAGACGAUGUUAUCCGGGCCGUGGAACUCGAGCACAAUCAAGCUCUUCUAGUCUACGCCAGCGACUACGCCAUCUCAGAUGAGCACGAGAUUGAGCUCACCUCAGCCCUUGACGAAUUUAUCCAUUACGACGACGAACAUUUCAGUUCAGAGCUGGAGACGAGCGGUUUCGGCCAUGUCAACGUGUAUCCUGCCUAUGAAGGCGUCCGCCAACGCCGUGACUCAGGAGACAGUACUGCCGUCAACUUCGACGAGGGUCCACCCGUCGAUGAGCCACCNCCGUACGACGCAGAUGUGGAGUACGGCCGUAUACCGAUCAACAUGCAGGGCAACAAAGACGUAGCCAUGGACGGCGGAAACAGUCCUCCGAUUCAUGAGAUUCGCCUUGAGCAGGAAGAGGUACAAGAAGAGGCCGAUAAUCAACCAGGAGUCGAGAUGGUUGAGAAGGGACAUGCGGCACCUUCGUUGUACAGGUUCGGCAAUGAUGGUCCCAAGAUUACUGAGACAGUCAGUGAUGAUGCAAUGACAGGUAUCAAGGGCCCAGACGAAGAAGUCGACCUGAUCGAUUUUAAGGACUAG